CGGCGGCCCGGGCUGUCGCGGGCCGGGGCGGUUGGGGCUGGUGGUUGCGGCUGCGGCCAUGGAAUGGAGUUCCGAGUCGGCGGCCGUGAGGCGGCACCGCGGCGCCGCGGAGCGUCGGGAGGGAGAGGCGGCCGAGCCGCACCGGGAGCGAGAGGCCUCGGCUCCGGAGGACGCGAGCGGCGGCGGGAGGACGCGGAAGAGGAGCACGGAGAGCGGAGGCGCGAGCCGGGGCGCGGGGACCGCGCUGUGCGAGGCGCGCACGGUGCUGGCGCUCGCGCUCUACCUGCUCGCACUGCGGGCGCUCGUGCAGCUCUCGCUGCAGCGGCUGGUGCUCAGCCGGCCCGCCGGGCUCCAGGGCGAGUUCGACGCGCGCCAAGCCAGGGAUUAUCUGGAACACAUAACAGCCAUUGGCCCCAGGACUACAGGAAGUGCAGAAAAUGAAAUUCUGACAGUCCAGUACCUUUUGAAGCAGAUCAGACUGAUUGAAGCGCAAAGCCAGAGGCUACACAGAAUCUCUGUGGACAUACAGAGGCCUACAGGCUCCUUUAGCAUUGACUUCUUGGGCGGCUUUACAAGCUACUAUGACAACAUCACUAAUGUUGUGGUGAAGCUGGAGCCCCGGGGCGGGGCCCAGCACGCUGUGCUGGCUAACUGUCACUUUGACUCGGUGGCAAAUUCACCAGGUGCCAGCGAUGAUGCCGUUAGCUGUGCGGUGAUGCUCGAGGUUCUCCGAGGCAUGUCUGUGUCGUCAGAACCCUUGCAGCAUGCUGUGGUGUUCCUCUUCAAUGGUGCUGAGGAAAAUGUCUUGCAAGCUAGUCAUGGUUUUAUUACUCAGCAUCCCUGGGCCACUUUGAUCCGUGCAUUUAUUAACCUGGAAGCAGCAGGUGUUGGAGGGAAAGAACUUGUGUUCCAAACAGGCCCUGAAAAUCCUUGGUUGGUCCAGGCUUAUGUUUCAGCAGCCAAACACCCAUUUGCUUCUGUGGUGGCUCAGGAGGUUUUUCAGAGUGGAAUCAUUCCUUCUGAUACUGACUUCCGAAUCUACAGGGAUUUUGGAAACAUUCCAGGAAUAGACUUAGCUUUUAUUGAAAAUGGAUACAUAUAUCACACCAAGUAUGACACAGCGGACAGAAUCCUCACAGAUUCCAUUCAGAGAGCAGGUGACAACAUUUUAGCAGUUCUUAAAUACCUAGCUACAUCUGACAUGCUCGCUUCUUCAUCUGAGUAUCGACAUGGGAACAUGGUCUUUUUUGAUGUGUUUGGCCUCCUUGUCAUUGCAUAUCCUUCUCGUGUUGGCUCAAUAAUAAACUACAUGGUGGUCAUGGCUGUCGUUGUGUACUUGGGGAAAAAACUGCUGCAGCCCAAACACAGGAAUGCUGACUACCCGAGAGACUUCUUAUGUGGACUUGCCAUCACGUUCAUUGGCUGGUUCACUAGCCUCGUCACCGUUCUCAUUAUUGCAGUGUUCAUCUCUCUCAUUGGACAGUCUCUCUCAUGGUACAACCACUUUUAUAUUGCUGUUUGCCUGUAUGGAACUGCGACAGUGGCCAAAAUAAUACUUAUACAUACCCUUGCAAAAAGAUUUUAUUAUGUGAAUGUCAGCAACCAGUAUCUGGGAGAAGUGUUUUUUGACACCUCAUUGUUUGUACAUUGUGCUUUCCUUGCUGCUCUCACUUACCAAGGGUUUUGCUCUGCAUUCAUGAGUGCUAUCUGGGUAGCAUUUCCGUUGCUCACAAAGCUUUGCGUGUACAAGGACUUCAAGAAGCACGGUGCCCAAGGAAGAUUUAUUGCUCUUUACCUUUUGGGGCUGUUUAUCCCAUAUAUGUAUGGACUGUAUCUCAUCUGGGCUGUAUUUGAGAUGUUCACUCCUAUCCUUGGAAGAAGCGGUUCGGAAAUCCCUCCUGAUGUUGUGCUAGCCUCCAUUUUGGCUGUCUGUGUGAUGAUUCUUUCCUCAUAUUUUAUUAAGUUCAUCUAUCUUGUGAAAAGCACAAAGACAACCAUGCUGACUCUCACUCUGCUGUGUGCCAUCUCGUUCCUCCUCGUCUGCGGUGGAGCCUUUUUUCCAUACAGCUCCAGCCCUGCGAAUCCAAAGCCGAAGAGAGUGUUCCUUCAGCACAUGAGUAGAACUUUUCAUGACUUGGAAGGAAACGUAGUAAAAAGAGACUCUGGAAUAUGGAUCAAUGGGUUUGACUAUACUGGAAUAUCUCACAUAACACCUCACAUUCCUGAGAUCAAUGAUACAAUCCGAGCUCACUGUGAGGAGGAUGCCCCACUUUGUGGCUUCCCUUGGUAUCUUCCAGUGCACUUUCUGGUCAGGAAAAAUUGGUAUCUUCCGGCUCCAGAAAUUUCUCCAAGAAAUCCUCCUCGUUUCAGACUGGCAUCUAAAGAGAAGACACCUUGGGGCUCUAUGAAGCUGACUUUCGAGGCGGCAGGACCAAGCCAUAUGUCUUUCUAUGUUCGAACCCACAAAGGAUCAACACUCUCUCAGUGGUCUCUUGGCAACGGCACUCCAGUCACAAGCAGAGGAGGGGACUACUUUGUGUUUUACUCCCAUGGACUCCAGGCCUCUGCCUGGCAAUUCUGGAUAGAAGUACAGCAGGUGUCAGAAGAACAGCCUGAAGGAAUGGUCACGGUGGCCAUUGCAGCCCACUAUCUAUCAGGGGAAGACAAGAGAUCUUCUCAGCUCGAUGCUCUGAAGGAGAAGUUCCCGGAUUGGGUGUUUCCCUCUGCGUGGGUUUGUACCUACAGUCUCUUUGUGUUUUAAUCGUGCGAUGGACUUUGAAUACGUGUCCCUUGGACAUUCCAUGGGACACUCUCUCCCAUGUCACAUGGAUAUUUGUCACUGAAUUUUAAUGAGCGUAUGUUCAAAGAGCUUUUGGGUUAACACUCUUCCUGGCCAUGUACCAUAUGGGUUAAACUUUGGGAUAGUGAUGCCUGGCCUUUUGUCACUUGAAAUUCCAGUUUUCUGGCACUUAAGCACACGCGGAUACUGCCAUUCAUACAUGUCAUUUAUAUGACUGUAAGGACUCACAACACACUUGAGUAGCUUUCCUCUGAGGAACAAGAAAGAUGUACACCGUUAGACUACUGUUGAUAGGUAAGUCCACUGCUAUCAGCGGAUGGCGGGGAAACUACCACUCACUGGGAUAGUGGCUCUCCUUGCUUAAACUGCAGGCCACAGGAAAUUGACUGUCAUGAAGAAGGAAGCCCCACAUGCUCUAUUUCUUCAGGCAGCCAUUAGGGUGAUUUAGUGUGUGAAGUUUGAGCCCUGGAAGCCACUUGUGGAUCAUUUUCCCGAGGUAGCAUUCAUUGUCUGCUUUCUUCUCAGACAUAUCCCUUUCAUUUAGGAAGAGAACAUCUUUGAGCUACAUUCCCUUCUCACAGCUCCUGGGCUAUUCUAUUCGCAAAUGAGACCCAAACUACUUCUUCCCCAGAGCACUGAGUUGCUAGCAUGGCUAUUCUGAGGUCAAAGAGGAAGAGGGUGGGGUAUUCUAUGUAAUAUUUAUUCUCUUUGUUUUAUAGGCAUCCUCUGUUAUACAAGGUUAAUCUUUUAGAACAUAAUUUUAUUGCUACAUUGGGUUUUCUGUUUUCUAGCAGGUGACUAAGUUCUUAUAACUUGUUGUUAGUGAGACUGGCUGUCUGAUGCUGAGGUUGUGGUUUACACAGGAAUGAGAAAACUAUACCUGUAUCUGUUGGUGUUGAGAUCCCGCAGGAAAGCAGCAGUAAGGUUUAAGGGUACUUUUUAUUUUGAAGACAGAGAUGUAGUUUGUAAGGCAUGUCAUAGCAGUGCCUCUUGUGGCUUCUCUAGGUUUCUGCGGUGACAGAAAUGAUGAAAUGAACACUACAAUUUGCUAGUUUCCUUUUUACAUUAACAAGUGUAAAAAGACAAAUUUGAGUUAGUCAACAAACAUGGCCCAAAAUAUAAUUGAAAGAAAAGCCAUAGUAAAGCAAAAACAAAACAAAAUAUACUUGUUUAGGAACAGAAGGGUGUCCCUCAGAACCAUCUGAAUUCCAGCAAGAGCAUAGUUAAGUGUACACUGCAGGAGAAAACUUUGUUACAGUUGCUUGUGUGAUAUGUCAGUUUCUAAUCAUGUUCCUUGUAUGCCUGCUUAAUCUCUAAGUCCUUAAAAACUAUCUAGGCCCAUGCAGAUAUGAGGGCUGCAGCUAGAGCUGAAUGGUAAUGUGCUGACUGUCACAUGUAUUCACACUGGACUGUGGGAGCCACUGUUUUUGCUGAACUUACAGAAAUCAUAUCAGUGCUGCUUCAAGUGUCUUGCUCCUGCUAUGGAUGUAUUAUCUGUCAGGUAGUACUUAAGAUUUGCAGAACCACAGCUGAUGGAAACAAGUAAUAGUACUAAUAGCUUAAUGUAUUUCAAAAUACAGGCUUCUGUUCUGUUCCUGGUUUAACUGAAACUGAUUACUAGAAAUUACAGGGAGAGGCGGGAAACAUGCCGAGGAAGCAUAUAAAAACAAGGUGUUCUCGUAUUUCUUUCCUGUUGGCAGGGUGCCAUUGUCCUUUUUGGCAUAAUCAUGGUUUUCCUUUUGCCUUUGGGUUAUAUCUCUAUGCAAACAGUUUUUAUUUUCUUUAACAUUAUGAAACUUGGUAUUAUACCCAGUAACAAGAUGCUCAGUUUCAGGGCAUGCUUAAAGGCCAGAGAUGGCCAAGUAUUUACAUACAGUAUCCAUGGCUUUUAAUAAGCACACUCUGUAGUUAUCAGUAACUUCCCCUUUUAAAGAUUAUCUGAUCAUUUGAGUAAUUCACUUCUAAAAAGAUAUUUUUAAAGUCUAAGUAAUGCAUUUUCCUCCUGAUGCGUGUAAAUAUAAGCAGAAGAGGGAGGAGUAUAAAGCAUUGUGACGUCACAGUUCUCAGUAUUUAAGAAUGAUCUAAGAAGUGUUUCCAAUUUAGCAGCUGCAUUAAAUGUCUAGGAUUCCCCCAAGGUUUUACCAUGAAGAAGGUUGGACCACAAGAGUCUAUGUAACUCAGGAAGCUACUGGAAGAAUGUGUCUGGUCCAUCUCUUUUCACUUCUUUGCUGAAUUGUUGAGGGUUAAUUGUUGCCUUACAAUGUUACUGAAAUAAACUUUUUAACAUACUGGUUGGAAAAAAUGGAUCUUUUAAAACUGCUUUUAUUAUAUUUCCACAUUUAAGGCUAUCUUAUUUUUCUAGUCUUUUUACAUAAGAAAAAUAUUUAAAAAGAUCUACAUGGCUUUAGCAUAGCCGCUGUUUUAAUAAGUGGUGUAAGGAAGGAAUAACUUCAAAUGGGAAUGUUCACUUCACAUGGAAUCCUUUACCUGGAAUGAAAUGUUUCACAGAAACAAAAAUAACCUCCUUAGCAAAUGGUAAAAUCCUGAGUAUAUUUAUGCUUACAUCCUCUCCACUGGGAUAGGAAAUCACAAAAGGAUUAUUAAAAAAAAUUUAAACUGGGGGCUAGGGAUAGGUUCCCUUGCAGCCUGUGGCCCAUUCUCACCACCCAAGGGAAGGCCAGGACAGCCUCCAGGCUUCGUUUUCUGAGGAGAUUCCUUCCCAGUAGUCCAAUACAAAGUGAAACUACGAUUUUUAUUCUUCUACCUUAAGGGCCAGUAAAGAUACAACACACGUAUGUAUGCCUCAUUAUGUUGAACUUUCAAAAACAUACUUGAUUGCAAAAAUUGAUAAUUUGAUCCAAUUAUCCCGACCAAGUAGGAUUAGUGAAAUGGACCAUACUAACAAAAUAAAUGAUGUUCUUCUCUGGCCAACCCAGAAGGAUUUCUUCUACCUGGUAAAUGUUAUCAGUGAGAACCCAGAGCAUCACACUUAAUGAUAAAAGACCGAAGACAAGAUGUCCAUCAUUGCCCUUCCUACUUUAAACAUCAUUCUGGUGGUUCUGGCCAGGACAAUCUGGCAGGAAAGACAAAAACAUUUAGAUCCCAAGUGCAGAGUUAAAAUUAUAUCUGGCUGCAAAUGACAUGACUGUCUAUAUAGAAAAUAACAUCCAAAGAUGAAAUUAAGCAUUCCAUUUAUGGGAGUACCAAAACUGAAACAGAACAGAAAACAAACUAUAAGAUACUGCUGAAGGAAAUCAAAGGCCUAAAAUGAAAGAUACGUUCAUGCACCGGGGAGCACUGGGAAAGGACUGCAUUCUCGAGAUUUGUUUUACACAUCGUAUACACUUCCUAUGCAAUUCCCACUUUGGGUGUACACACACUAAAAAGAUGGUCUUAAAUUCAUAUGGAACCACAAGAUUCCUGGUAUAACUAAAAUAGUAUAUUUAAAUGUAGUGCCUGUUCUUCUAAAACUUCCUAUAAAGAACAAGACUUGUCCAGUGUCCUGCUACCAUAAACACAGAUCAUUGUAACAGAUGUUAAGCCCCAGCUACACAGGAUAAAAGUUAUGAGUUCAGUACAAUAAGAAAUAGGUAUAACAGUGUGAUGUUAGAAACUGUUUAGGUCUGUAUUUUAGAUUUUGUUCUUUUUGGACCUCAGUUGAAGGCAAAGCAGGGUAAGGGAGAAUUGCUAUGAAUAUUUAUAGUGUUACAAUCUAAAGUUGAAAACCCAAACUGUAACCUUUAAAUGGAUAGUAAACAUAUCUACACAACAGCUUUAUUCAGCUUAAAAAAAAAAGUAAACAGAUACAAAGAAUUUUGAAAACAUAACGCCAAGGUAAUAAAUACCCACAUACUAAAUAAUUCUGUUUAUGAAAUGUCUGAAAUAAGGAAAUUCACAAAGCAUAUUUAAGGGACAUGGGAAACCAUGAUAAUCAUUUUCAAUUUACCUAGUUUCCUGUACACUUCUGUUGGUUUGGUGAUCACAUGGUGUUCACUAUAUUUGAACUUGUACACCAAUGUUAUGAAUAGUUCAAUAUUCUAUCAUCAGUCAUUUGGAUAUUUCCACUGUGUAUCUACAUAUAAAUAUUUUAAAUACAUUUGUAUU